AAUGAUCGACUUAGUGGUCAUCACAAACAACAGAUAAAGUGGCAACACCGCCGUGUAUAUACAUUUUGAGAGAAAAUUUUGUUCAGACUGCGUAUCACCGCCAUACCAAUAUAGCUUACAAGAAUUUUUUGUGAAUCUGGAUAUUAAACAGCUAAAUCUAACCGGAAAAGGCUGAGUGGGCACCACUUUAGCCUGCGCCGCCGCCAAAGUCGUCACACAAAAUGAAUAAACCAAAAGGCACAGCGGUUUUUUGUUAAUUUUCUGAAGUUUCAAUUUGUCUCGUCAUUAUCAUCAUCCGCAUUGCCAUCGUAAUUUUUAGCAGGUUUGUCUUAUUACCACCCAUCAACCGCCAGCCCGCCCGCCCAGCUAGCUUUUGUGAGAAACCUUGUAUACAAGUUCGGUUACUGGAUCAUUUUAAUUGCGCACAGGAACUCUGUCGUUUGAUAUUCUUCAUAUCCCUAACGAACACAAACACAUAAAUAUUUAGUUAUGUCAUCGACCGCGGGGAAACGUAAGGAAAUAUACAAAUACCUGGCGCCAUGGCCACUCUACUCCAUGAACUGGAGCGUCCGGCCAGACAAACGUUUCCGCCUUGCCUUGGGUAGCUUCAUCGAGGAGUACAACAACAAAGUGCAAAUCAUAAGCCUGGACGAGGAUACCAGCGAAUUUAGUGCUAAAAGCACCUUUGACCAUCCAUAUCCGACUACAAAAAUCAUGUGGAUACCAGACUCGAAGGGCAUCUAUCCCGAUCUGUUGGCCACCAGCGGUGAUUAUUUGCGUGUUUGGCGCGCCGGUGAACCGGAUACCCAUUUGGAGUGUGUUUUAAAUAACAACAAAAACAGUGAUUUCUGUGCGCCGCUCACAUCGUUCGACUGGAACGAGGUGGAUCCAAAUUUGGUCGGCACCUCAUCCAUCGACACCACAUGCACAAUAUGGGGCCUGGAAACUGGGCAGCCGCACGCUCGCGUCUAUGUGGCUGGGCAUGUUAAAACGCAGCUGAUAGCACACGACAAGGAGGUCUAUGACAUUGCAUUUUCACGUGCCGGCGGAGGACGGGACAUGUUUGCCUCUGUUGGUGCCGAUGGCUCAGUGCGCAUGUUUGAUUUGCGUCAUCUCGAGCACUCGACCAUUAUCUAUGAGGAUCCUGCGCAUACCGCCCUGUUGCGUUUAGCCUGGAACAAACAGGAUCCGAAUUACUUAGCCACAGUUGCCAUGGAUUCAUGUGAAGUUAUUAUUUUAGAUGUUCGUGUUCCUUGUACACCUGUUGCAAGACUGAGCAAUCACAGAGCGUGCGUCAACGGUAUUGCGUGGGCGCCGCAUAGUUCCUGUCACAUUUGCACUGCCGGUGAUGAUCACCAAGCACUGAUCUGGGAUAUACAACAAAUGCCACGCGCAAUCGAGGAUCCAAUUUUAGCCUAUACAGCUGCUGAAGGCGAAGUCAAUCAAAUACAAUGGGGUGCCACGCAACCCGAUUGGAUAGCCAUUUGCUAUAACAAAGCGUGCGAGAUCCUGCGGGUCUAAGAGUCAAUUUUUUCUUACCACCCAUGCCACGUGCCCCCUUUCCGACCCACACUGCUCUGCCUGUGUGACUGUGAUGUGAGGAAAUUGGUUGCUGUCACAAUCCUCAAUACGCACCCAACAACAGCAACAACA